UCAAUUCUUCUGUACUUACUUAGUCUUCUUCAGCUUGUUUUUAAUCUUUAUCUAUAUAACUUGGACUUGUUCUGUUUUUCUUUUUCUUUUUCUUUCAUUCUAUAUAUACAUUCUCUUCAUUCAUGUUUCUUCUUAAUUUUCUUCACAUAUAUUCAGAAUCUACUCUUAAUGUGCGCACCCUCUGAGCAGGGUAAUAUAAUAAUGGAGCCUCGUGUUGCUAAUUCUUUUGCCUCUAAAGCUAGAACUGCUUUCCAUUCUGCUGCUGCUAAAGCUGAACGUGUUAUCAUGGAUUUCAAAUCCGAUAUUAGUUUGCUUCUUCUUUUAUUAUUAUGUUACUCUUUUUAAUUUUAUGAUAUCUAGCACUGACAGCUCUGAAGAAAAGAUGUAUCGUAUCAGACACCUAUACCAACACUUGUGAUCGCGCUUUAUUUAUCUGUUUUUUUCAUUAUUUUAAGUGUGGUUGUGUCCGUGUCUCAUAGAAUUUAUGUCCCUUUUCUUGUGCUUUAUUGUGUUUAAAAUUGAAAUGGAGUUUUAUUUUAAUAAUUGGUGAAGAGUUUGAUAAGCAACUGAGAGAUGAUUAUGGAAGGCGGACGCAUCCAGGAGAUGAAUAUGCUAAAGAGAAUGAGUCAAAGUUUCUCGAUGAACUGAAGCAAAUAAAGUGGAGACCUCAACAUAUAGGAACAAAGCAGGAUUGGAAAGAUAAAAUUAACAACAUACGGAAAGGGAGAAAAGAAAUGGAAAAUACAGAUAAAGUUGGAGAUGCAAGCAUAACUGCUAGAGCUAUUCCAAUUCAUGAUGAAAAAAUGAGCAUUCUUCAUAUGAAAAAUGAUCUUGAUGCCAAGGCUUUAGAAGGAUUUCCCUCGGUUGAAGGCUUAACUGCUGCGGCUGAAAGGCCUAUUCCUCCAUCUUCUGUCCUGAAGCAAUUGGCAAUAGCUGUUAAGGCUGGAAGGAAAGCAAAUUCAAUGAAAGAUUUUAUAGCUUCAUCAGGAGGUUCUUUGCCUUCGAUGGAAAGAGGAGGCUUAAGUCUCUCUGCGGUGAAGGCAUUAGUGUUACGUGAGAAAGAUGACAAACUUUCUUCUGAGUUUUGUAGCCGCGAGAAAGUUUUGGAUUUGAUUAAUUCUCUUUUUAAUCCAGAGGGAGAGUUCCUUAGAAGGAAGAUCAACUCCAAUCCCAACGAAAUUGACUUAUCUUUUAUAAGAGAUAUUCAUGGUGCUCCUCCUGAAAGCCUUGUUGUUAAGCUCGCUGAAGUAAUCGGAAACUUCAAGACCCUUCGAGAAAUGGAAUUUUUUUGGUGCAGUGUUGUUGCUGAAACGAGAAAACAUUGGUACGAAGAAAAGCAUUUACCUGGAGUCCCCCUUGACGAUAUUCCCGAUCUGAAGUCAUGUCUUCUCUAUCAGCAAAUUCAAGUGAUUAAUUGUUGCAUUUCUCGGAAAAGGCGCCAUAUCAUUGCCAAUGAAUCACUGGACUCUAUGAUGAUGAAAGCAAAUUUGAAUACAUUAGAAUCAACGAACUUCUGUGACGGAACUUCUGCAAGUCGUUUGUUAUAUGCUCGAUUAAGUACUGGAGAGCUUGUUCUUCGACUUGGUGCCCAUUGUCCAUUCGGAAAUGUGACACUAUUGGAAACUGGCGAGCCUGCGUACUCUCCUAUCACCCAGGAAGUACCGUUGCUUACAGAAGAUCUGAUCAAAGAGACCGAGGAGUUUGUGCUGCGGACGGGAAGUCUUGGAGCCGGGUGCUCUCAACUUUUGUCUGAUAUGCAGGCUUUCAAGGCUGCAAAUCCAGGUUGUAUUUUGGAAGACUUUGUGAGAUGGUACUCUCCUCCUGAUUGGAUUGAAAACGAAGCAAAUAGCGAUGAUAGUUAUUCUUCUGAUGAUAGUAGUAGCGAGUCAUUGUCUAUCAGAGGUCAACUAAGUCAACGGAUGCGAAAAGAAGGUAAUUUGUGGCACGAAUUGUGGAUAACAUCUAAGCCAGUACCUGCUGUGAAACAAACACCUCUCUUUGAAGAAGAUUUGGCAGUGGAGGGAAUCCUUGACGCAUUUGAGGACAUUCCACCAGUUGAGCUUUUUGGUCAGCUUUUUGUUUCACUUCUUGGUUUAGGAUUUACAAUUGCCGAACCAUUGCUAUACCGUAACGUUGUCUUCUCAAAGUUAUUCAAUGACUGCAAGGAUUAUGUAGUUACUACUUGCGAAAGCAUUAGAUUCAGCGAAAAAGUUGAUGAACUUGUUCAGGUAUAUGAAACAGUGGAGAGAAUGUUGAUGAAUCCGGAGGAGGCACUGAAGCUAAUGAAGCAUUCAGAAGAAUCAACUGUGAAUACCGACAGUGAAACAAAGGCCCGGUUCAAGAAGUUUAUCUCUAGUGGCAAAGAGAAAUUGUCGAGGUCUUUACGGAAAGAUCAGAUCAACAAUGAAGAAAAAGCGACUCCACAAUCUUCUUCAAGUUUCUUAAGGUCUUUUCGGAAAGAUCAGAUCAACAAUGAAGAAAAAGGGACUCCACAGUCUUUUUCAAGUUUCUUUGACAGCAAGUCAUCUUUAUUCUCAAAAAAGUCUACCAAAGGUGGAAAGUUAUCCUUUGAUCCGGCACCUCCCUCUUUCGAAGACGAUUUGAUAGUAAAUUAAACAAAGUUCAGAUUCUUCUCCUGCCAGAUAAUUGUAAAUUACUUCAUUUUUUUUACAAAAUAUGUAUAAGCAAAUAGCAAAAUUUAAUGAGUUUAAGGACUAUACACUUACACACAGUAUAAAACUUUUUUUUUUUUUACAGGUAUAGUAUAGUCCUUUAAUUUUUAAUGUUAUGGAGUACUCCAACUAUUCCUUAGGUUUGAUUGUUGAGGAGGAAUUGUACAA